UAUUUCACCUGGAUGACUGCAUUCCAACGUGAAAGAUUGGUGAGAUCAUCAUCAACCACGUGAGGCGCUCUUCCUCGCUGGGGGAGAAAUAUACACAAACAUGGCGACAAAGCGAACGCUUAGGAUGCUGUCCCCCGUUCGAAUUACAUUGCAGCUUUUAUUAUUUUAUCUUACAGGCUUGUUUUCUUCCACGCUGCACCUCCCUCGUAGUCAGGCGUUUAUGUUACCGCAGGAUCGUGGCUUUUCCUUGGUGACUGUGGGUGAAGAUUACAUUCAAGCAGCGGGCGCGGAGGGUCAAACACAAGACGUGCGUCUCGAGAGGGAAGCCAGAGGAGCCUCUCCAGUGCAAAGGCAUCGAUACCGCCGUGCUGCUGAAUCACCCGUGCCGAAGGUGUACGGAAGGGCGAACCUCAAUGACUCCCAUAACCAGAUGGUUGUGCACUGGGCCGGCGAGAAGAGCAACGUCAUUGUGGCCCUGGCCAGGGACAGUGUCGGUGCCAUGGACCCCAAGCCAAGCUCGGUAUACGUGUCGUAUGACUAUGGGACGAGUUUCAUGGCCAUCUCUGAGAGGUUCCAGCUGACUGGGGCCAAGGAGCAGAGCAAGCAGGUCAUCUCCCAGUUCUAUCACAGCCCCGCUGAUAACAAAAGGUACCUGUUUGCGGACACCACCAAUAGUUACCUGUGGAGCACAUUCGACUUCUGCAAAACCAUCCAAGGAUUCUCCACCCCCUUCAAGCCCACUGACCUGAUACUACAUAGCUCCAGGCCUAGCUUGGUCCUAGGCUAUGACAGCUCCCAUCCAAAUAAACAGCUGUGGAAGUCAGAUGACUUUGGCGAAACAUGGGUGUUGAUUCAAGAGCAUGUGAAAUCUUAUUUCUGGGGUGUGGAGCCCCACGACAGCCCCAAAACGGUGUUCGUCCAGCGGCACGAGCCUCAAGGGGUCUCCAGUGUCCUGAGCAGCACUGACUUCUUCCAGAGCGAGGAGAACCGCCGCGUCAUCCUGGAGCGGGUCGACAACUUCCAGCUCCGCGACAAAUACAUGUUCGCCACCACCACCAGGACUCUUAUAGGAAGCCAUCAGCCUGCCACGGUCCAGCUGUGGGUAUCCUAUAACCGCCAGCCAAUGAAGUCAGCUCAGUUUCAGACCCGUCAUCCAAUCACAGAGUACUACAUCGCAGAUGCGUCCGAGGACCAGGUGUUUGUCUGCGUGAACCACAACAACAACAUCACGCACCUGUACAUCUCGGACACGCAGGGCCUGCGCUUCUCCCUGUCCCUGGAGAACGUGCUGUACUACAGCCCCCAGGGGUCCGGCAGCAACACGCUCAUCAGAUACUUUGCCAACGAGCCCUUUGCGGAUCUCCACGGCGUGGAGGGCUUGCGGGGGGUCUUCAUCGCCACGCUGAUCAACGGCUCGGUGAGCGAGGACAACAUGCGCUCCGUCAUCACCUUCGACAAGGGGGGCACCUGGGAGCUGCUGCAGCCGCCCACCUCCGACAGCCUGGGCGGCGUGCUGGACUGCCAGAUGUCCAGAGGCUGCUCCCUUCACCUGGCACAGCGCUGGAGUCAGCUGCUCAACAUUCAGCUGCGCAGGAUGCCCAUCCUCUCCAAAGACUCCGCUCCCGGACUCAUCAUGGCCACAGGCUCCGUGGGGAGGAAUCUGGCCAACAAGCCCAACGUUUACGUGUCCAGCAGUGCGGGGGCGAGGUGGAGGGAGGCUCUGGCUGGACCUCACUUCUACACGUGGGGUGACCAUGGAGGAAUACUGAUGGCCAUCACACAAGGAGGAGCCACCACAAACCUCAAGUUUAGCACCAACGAGGGUGAAACGUGGACGGACUUCCAAUUCUCCAAGCGGGAGGUGUAUGUGUACCAGCUGCUGACGGAGCCAGGCGAGAAGAGCACCAUCUUCACCAUCUUCGGUUCCUACGCCGACCAGAAGCACAGCUGGCUCAUCCUGCAGCUCAACGCCAGCGAUGUGCUCGGCGUGCCAUGUUCUGAGGGGGACUAUAAGAGCUGGUCACCCUCUGAUGAGCUGGGCAACGGCUGCCUCCUGGGCCGAGAGAUGGUCUUUAAGCGCCGCACGCCUCACGCCACCUGUUUCAACGGCGAGGACUUCGACCGGCCCGUCACGCUGUCCAACUGCUCCUGCACGCGGCAGGACUACGAGUGCGACUACGGCUUCAAGCUGAGCGAGGACCUGUCCCUGGAGGUGUGUGUGCCCGACCCGGAGUUCCUGGGCAACCUGUACGCCCCUCCAGAGCCAUGCCCCGUGGGCACCACGUACCGCCGCAGCCGAGGGUACAGGAAGGUGUCAGGAGACAGCUGCAGUGGCGGAGACGUGGAGGAGCGACUGGAUGGAGAGAUGCUCCCCUGUCCAGUAGGAGAGAGUAACGAGUUCGUCCUGUACGCGGUGCGGAGCUCCAUCCACCGGUACGACCUGGCCACCGGAACCGACCAGCGGCUGCCCCUGUCCGGCCUCCGCGAGGCUGUGGCGCUGGACUUCGACUACGAGCGGAACUGCGUGUACUGGGCCGACAUCUCUUUGGAUAUUAUACAGAGGCUGUGCCUGAACGGAAGCUCUGGCCAGGAAGUUAUCGUCCGGAGAGGCCUUCAGAAUGUGGAGGCGCUGACCUUUGACCCCAUCAGCCAGCUGCUCUUCUGGGUUGACGCUGGUGCGCAAAAGAUUGAAGUGUCCAACCCUGAUGGAGAUCUGAGACGUACACUGCUUAACUCCUCCGUGCUGGAGCACCCAAGAGCCCUUGCUGUGCUCCCAGGACAGAGCCUGAUGUUCUGGACGGACUGGGGGGACCGUGCCGCCGGGGUCUACCGGAGCUGGAUGGACGGCUCCAACGUGUCCUGCAUUGUGUCUGAGGGCGUGCGCUGGCCCAACGGGAUCACCGCCGACGACCACUGGCUAUACUGGACCGAGGCGUACGGCGAUCGCAUCGAGAGGGCGGACUUCAGCGGAGGCCAACGCAGCGUCCUGAUGGAGGGCCUUCCUCACCCCUACGCCAUCGCCGUAUUCAAGAAUGAUCUGUACUGGGACGACUGGUCCAGGAUGGGCAUCUUCAAGGCUCCGAAGGCAGGCUCACCAGACAGUGAGCUCCUGGUGGGAAGCCUCACGGGGGUCAUGGACCUCAAGAUCUUCUACAAGGGCAAGACAAGAGGCAGUAACGCGUGUGUGGACCAGCCCUGCUCCUUGCUCUGCUUGCCCCAGCCUGGGCAGGGCCAUGCCUGCGUGUGCCCCGAGGGCACCCCCACCACCACCCUGCCCUCUGGCGAGCUCCAGUGCCAAUGCCCGCACGGGUACCAGCGCCACAACAACACCUGCGUCAAACAAGAGCACACCUGUCAGCCCAACCAGUACCGCUGCUCCAACGGCAAGUGCAUCAGCAGCAUCUGGAAGUGCGACAGCGACAACGACUGUGGAGACAUGAGCGACGAGCAAGACUGCCCCACUACCAUCUGUGACCCAGCGGUGCAGUUCCGCUGUGCUGCCUCGGGCUCCUGCAUCCCUCUGGCCUUCAAGUGUGACCACGAGGACGACUGUGGGGACAACAGUGAUGAAGAGCACUGUGAGAGCCAUCAGUGUGGGCCUGGAGAGUUUACCUGUGCGAGAGGUGUGUGCAUUCGUGACGCCUGGCGCUGUGAUGGCGACAACGACUGUCGGGACUGGUCAGAUGAGGCCAACUGCACAGUGGGCCUCCACACGUGCGAGAGCGGCAGCUUCCAGUGCCACACGGGCCACUGCAUCCCCCAGAAGUGGGUGUGUGACGGGGACGACGACUGCCAGGACAGCUCGGACGAGGAUCCUUCUCAGUGCAAGGGCCAGCGCUGCAAUGGCUUCCUUUGCUCCAAUGGCACGUGCCUGCCCGCCAAUGCACACUGCGAUGGCGUAGAGGACUGUCCAGGGGGCGCUGAUGAGCAACAAUGUGACCCUCUGUGCACGCGCUACAUGGAGUUUGUCUGUAAGAACCGAGCUCAGUGUCUGUUCCAGUCCCUGGUGUGUGAUGGAAUCAGGCACUGUGCGGACAACUCUGAUGAGGACCCCGAAUACGCUGGCUGCUCCAACCAGCCUGAGUUUGAGAAGACGUGUGAUGAGUACAACUUCCAAUGCACCAACGGGGGGUGUGUGAGUCUGGACUGGAAGUGUGAUGGCAUGAACGACUGUGGAGACUAUUCUGAUGAGGCCAACUGUGCAUCGUCCACGGACUCCCCCGGCUGCUCACGCUACUUCCAGUACGAGUGUAAGAACGGACGCUGCGUGCCCAGCUGGUGGAAGUGCGACGGAGAGAAUGACUGCGGAGACUGGUCAGAUGAGGCUCAGUGCACAGAUGGAGGCUCCGCCCACACCCCUGCCCCAGGCCCCUCCUCCUGUGCACCUAACCGCUUCCACUGUAGCUCAGGUGCAUGCAUCAUCGACAGCUGGGUGUGUGACGGCUACAGUGACUGCCCUGACGGCAGCGACGAGGCUGGCUGCCCCACAGCCUCCAACAGCUCCCUGCCGCAGACGGCUGCACCCACCCCGGCUGCCCCCUCGCCCUGCGCCAGAGGCCAGUUCUCCUGCAGCCGACCGCACGCCUGCAUCCCAGCCUGGCAGCGCUGUGAUGGCACCAGCCAGUGCCAGGACGGCUCCGAUGAGCUCAGCUGCCGUGAUGGCUUCCUGGACUGCUCUGACCACAGUGAUGAGGACAACUGCACUGACGAGUCGUUGGCCUAUAAGAUCCGGAAUCUACAGUGGACCCCUAACUUAUCGGGUGCCAUCACACUCACAUGGUCGCGACCCAAAAACAUGCCCCUGGCUUCCUGUUCCUUCCAGGUGUACUACAGGCUGGUUGGGGCCCAGCAGUGGAGUCUGAUGGACACCCACAGCAAUAAGAGCGUGUACACGCUGACGGUGCUUAAGCCGGACACCACGUAUCAGGUCAAGGUGCAGACACAGUGUCUCAGCAAGCAGCACAAGACCAACGAACUCAUCACCAUACGCACGCCUGAGGGAUUCCCUGACCCUCCGGAGAAGCUGCAGCUGGCGUGCGUUAAGGCCGAGGACGGGACCGUGCUGGUGUCCUGGGGCCCUCCUGCCGAGUCCCACGGCCUCAUCCGCGAGUACCUCGUUGAGUACAGCAAGAAGGGCAGUCCUGAGUGGUUCUCUCAGCGCUGCACUGGCAUCAGCACGGAAGUGAAAAACCUGGAGCCUAGCGCCCUCUACAGGUUCAGGGCAGCUGCGGUCACCGGGCGGGGAGUGGGAAAUUGGACUGCACUGAAAUCCAUCGUCCCUCAGAAAGCUCUGCCGACUCCCACUGUGGAACUGGGCACGGUUACCGAGAACACCAUGAGUCUGGCCUUCAGCUAUGAGGCCCAGUAUGAGGUCAGUACCAUGAGUCUGGCCUUCAGCUACGAGGCCCAGUAUGAGGUCAGUACCAUGAGUCUGGCCUUCAGCUACGAGGCCCAGUAUGAGGUCAGUACCAUGAGUCUGGCCUUCAGCUACGAGGCCCAGUAUGAGGUCAGUACCAUGAGUCUGGCCUUCAGCUACGAGGCCCAGUAUGAGGUGAAGCAGUUCAUCGUGGUGCUGUCAUGGGCGUUUGAUGACCAUGUGAAGGAGAGCAAGAACUACACAGUUCACGGCAAGACUCUGAAAGCGUCCAACCUGACUGGCGGUACGGUGUACGAGGUGGAGGUGUGGGCCCACACGCGUGACGGCGACAGCCCCAUGGCUCUGUUCCGCCAGCAGACUGCCGGCGUCCAGCCCUACCCCCCGCUGCUCAAGGCCCGCGCGCUCAACCAGAGCACCGUCGACUGCAGCUGGAACUCCUCCUCUGGACUGACGUACGGUCUCUUCUUUGCUACAUCCUUCCUGGACCUGUACCACGGCCCUCACAGUGAGACCAGCAGUGGCAGCAGUCUGACCGUCACAGUGGACGCAGAUGAGCAGUACCUGUUCCUGGUCCGGGUGAUCUCUCCCUUCCUAGGACCCCCCUCAGCCUACGCAGUGGUCAAGAUGAUUCCGAGUGAGAGACUUCCGCCGCGUAACCUGCACAAGGUGCGCGUGGACUUGACCCAGGCUACCCUCAAGUGGCAGCCCCCCUAUGACUCUCCAGGAUCCCCCCUGACCUAUGCAGUGCACGUGCGAGACAGCGUGCGCAAGACGGAGCGCAGCUACAAGCUGACCACCCAGAACAACACGGUGGAGUACCGCCUGAAGGGACUGGAGCCGGGCGGACACUACGUGGUCACCGUGAGGCUGCGCAACAUGAGCAAGGAAGCCACCUACACCCUCAACACAGUCCCCCUGCCCGCUCCUGAAGCGCUGAAGAUCCUGAACGAGCACGACCACAUCUUCCUCUUCUGGAAGAGCCUAGCCGUGAAGGAGAAGACCUUUAACGAGAGCCGGGGUUAUGAGGUGCACGUGUACGACAGCGUGACCAACUCCACCACCUGCCUGGGCAACACCACCGAGACCUUCCUGCGCAUCAACAACCUGCUGGCCCAGCACAACUACACGUUCUCCGUGCGCGCCCGCUGCCUCCUCAAUGGUCAGCUCUGUGGGGAGCCGGCCCUGCUGCUCUACAACGACCCUGAUGCCCCCGCAGCAGGUCCAGACGAUGCGCGUGCCCAGUCGGGUGGUGCGGGGGACGCGGCGGCAGUGGUGGUGCCCGUGCUGUUCCUGCUGCUGCUGGGGCUGUGUGGCGGCCUGCUGCUCCUCUACCUGCGCCACCGCCGCCUCCAGCACAGCUUCACCGCCUUCGCCAACAGCCACUACAACUCACGCCUGGGCUCCGCCAUCUUCUCCUCAGGGGACGAGCUGGGCGAUGAUGAUGAAGAUGCACCCAUGAUCAGUGGCUUCUCCGAUGAUGUUCCCAUGGUGAUAGCGUAGCAGGAUUAUCCUCCUCCUCAUCCACCUCCUCCUCAUCAUCAUCAUCAUCAUCAACAUUCUCGCUCCUCACUAUCAACCCCCCCCCCCCCUCCUCCUCUACAACACACACACACACACACACACACAGAUAUGCCCCACCCCUAUUCCCUGGGUGCUUGUGCCAAGAGGUUAAACUUAACUGAUGGGAGCUCCAAAUCACAUCUCCAUCACCCAACCAAACACCUGAUGGAAGCCGUUUCCAGUUUCAGGAGCAAAGGGAGAAUGAGCGGAAGAAAGAUAUUUUUAAAAGAAAAUACGAAAGAUGCACUUUUUUUGGAUGCGCAAUAAAUUAUUUUUUUAUAUGGGUAAUAGACUUUCUGGGGGUUAGAAAAAGCAAACUGUGAAGGAAAAUUGAGUUUGUCAGGGAUGAUUUAAAAAAAAGCCCUGUUGUACUAUAAAGUGAUUCUGUCUCAAGACCUUGCAUAGGCCUAAAGCCAAACUUAGUAAAUAGCUACCGGAAGAACCAACUCAUCAUGAGAACUAGAGUAGUUAGCAAAAUGGCAAACCCAAAAAAAUUCAUUUUCAUUUAUGAAUGUACAGCUGAAAUAAGACAUGAAUACUUUGUGAAAGGGAAAUGGGUACGUCUUGUUGGCACUUAGUACUUGCACAGAUUUAAUUGUUUUUUAAGUUCUUAAUUUGUAUCACUGUGUGCCGGUAAUGUAGAAAUAACAUGAAUUUACCUAUGGUACCUUGUAAGAAUUUGCGUUUUUAGAUUUGUUGGUUCCCAAUAUGACAUGACUUACAUAAUGCAGGUGUGUUAAACUGUUACUUUUUCUUAAUUGUUUUAUUUUGUGUUUGUGUUGGAGGUGAGCCUGGGACUUGUUAACUUUGGCCAGGGCAGUAGAGAUUGCAGCGGUACAUGCUUGUUUUGGUACAUCAGAUGAUUCCCUUCAAUACUUGUGAAAACAGUCUUCAGGAACCUUAAGAAACUUAAUGGAAAGAUACUUAGUCUCUUCUGGCUUUCAAAGAAAUAUUUGUUUAUUUACAAAAUGUGCUUACAAUGCUGUGCCUCUCUUAAUCUCUUUGCUUGGAAUGGCUUGCUUAGGUUUGCAUUUUGGGGGAUCAUUCCAUCGAUUCCAUGGUACCAUGCAAGUUCCCCUGAGUUUAGAUAAAAAUGCAUUUAUUUCGGGGGGAGGGGCGAGGAGUGGGGGGAGGGUGCAUUGGCCUGGCUGGCACUGCCCAGUACAGAUGUGAUGAAUGCAGUCCAAAUGGUCUUGGGAUUUGCCACAGCGACGUUCUCAGGGCAGCAGCGAUGAGGGGUCGAGUUCGAGGCCUGGUCCAGGAACCAGCGCCCUGACCAGAGCGCCUCAGCAUAGACAUUUAUAAAAUGGCAGUAAAAACAAACGCAUUGAGAUUCAGCAACAUCAAGACAGAAAGAUGCAAUGCAGUAAAGAAAACCAGAACGUGUGACAGAAGGCUCACCACAGACCACAGACAUGUCCAAUGUGAACAGAGACACCAUCCUAAAGGCAUUAGGUAGUGCCGCGAUCGAAUGGAAAGGUGGUUUGGCUUUCCAGAAGCGUCUGCUCACCCAGUCUAUGCUCUCUCUCUCACUCUCUCUCUCUUUGGAGUGCUCUCUCUUACUCUCUCUUUCUCUCUCACUCUCUUUCUCUUUGGAGUGCUCUCUCACUCUCUCUCUCUUUGGAGUGCUCUCUCACUCUCUCUUUCUCUCUCUCUUUUUGGAGUGCUCUCUCUCACUCUGUCUUUGGAGUGCUCUUUCUCUCUCUCUCUCUCUCUCUCUCUCUCUCGGGAGAGUUCACAGCUCUCCGUGUCUGUGUUGUGUACUCACGUUAAAGCCCCCCAACCCCACCACCUUCCACCACUCCUAGAGUUCCAGAACUCUCUCUCUGUAGAGUUCCACCACUCCUAGAGUCCAGAACUCUCUCUCUGCCCGGUCAACUGGAUGUGUCUGUUAUUACUUUGUUUCUUUUAUGUUUUAUGAAUGUAUUCAGUGAUUUUAGUUUUUCCUGUUUGGGGUGAAUUAUACAGUAUCUUCAGGGGGGUUGGACCUGUGUCUUCAGUCCUGAGAGCUGAUGUACUACUAACCAGAGGCUUGUUUUACCACCUAAAUGCCCAGUUGUAUUGGAGUCCUGUCCCAUAUGCAUCAGCCUCCCAGCAGACCGCGACCAUUUCUGUACCACCGGCAUCGACAUUCAGCAUCGGCCCCGAUCCAGUCAGCAGGUCACCCUACAGUGGACCACAGGGUAUGCUGCGGAGCAAAGUCACUGGCAUACUCAGGUCACUUCAGGACAGGAGUAACCGCUGAUCUCAAAACAACAAAACAAUAGAUGCUUAGUGCAGUGUUCUUUUAGAGAUUAGCGGUUACUCCCAAAGUUAGCCGGGUUAGCCAGUAAUCUCGCUUCGUACUAGUAUACCCCUCUGGGUCAGCCAGUAAUCUCGCUUCGUACUAGUACACCCCUCUGGGUUAGGCAGUAAUCUCGCUUCGUACUAGUACACCCCUCUGGUCUCCAUCGUACCCAGCUGCUGUAGUCCCAUGUGCUGGUCGGGUCUAUUUUCUGUGUUCUUUUGUGCUUGUUUGUUAAUCUUUUUUGGUUUGUUUGUUUGUGAUGUUCAGUUGGUUGUGGCCUUAAAAUAACAGAGGAAUUGAGAAAAUGGGUGGUAGAUUCUAUUAGUGGACAUUUUUUUGUUUUGUUUUGUUUCUGAUUUUGAUUUGUUUUUGUUUUUGUCUUUAAUUUGCCACUUAUGCCUUACAAAAAACAUAUUAAGCUAGAGGUAUGUACCUAUGUAUGUAUGUAAGUAUGUAUGUAUGUAUCUUUUUUCAGAUAUAAAUGUCAACACGUGUGCACACACAAUACACAUAUACACUGAACUUGUAAAACGGGAGGCUCGGAGAAAAGACGAUGACAUUUGCGAAUGGAAAGGAAUUGAUCUUUAAAUUGUACUACUCUGUGUUGGCUGUGACCUCAGUCUCCUAUCUGAGCCAUCAGGAAUGUUUAUUUUUCCCCUCUUGUCUUUUUUGUCUGUUUUGGAAGCCUAUCCAGUAAUUUAGUUAUAUAUGUAUAUGUUGCUUCAGAAGUCACAUAUUUUAAUCUGUCAAAUAGAAUGCGUAUAUUUCUUUGCACAAUAAUGGCACGAGGACCUCACCAUGUUCUCCUUUGUUGUUUUAAAAAAAAAAAAGAAUUGAUGCAUCAGAAUAGAGAUGGUCAGAGAUGUUUUUGAACCACUUAUGCUGAAAUAAACAUUGAAACGGU